UGUCCUUGCCAAGAGGCUUUAUCUCUUGACCUUGGCGCGGGAGGCUCUCGGAGCUGUGGAGUGCGCGAUGGUGCUCCUGCUGCUCGCGUUGUGCGCGCUGCUGCUGCUGCUGCUGCUGCUCGGGUUCUUCCUUCGGACUGAUGGUGACCUGACCCUUCAGUGGGCCAAGAGGCGGGGUCGCAGCCCAGAACAGGAGCUGACUGGCUUGGUGGUGUGGGUGACAGGGGCCUCAAGCGGAAUUGGUGAGGAGCUGGCUUACCAGUUGAGCAAACUGGGAGCGUCUCUCGUGCUGUCGGCCAGAAGAAAGCAUGAACUGGAGAGAGUGAAAAGACAAUGCCUGGAGAAUGGCAAUAUAAAUGAAAAAGACAUCCUCAUUCUUCCCCUGGAUCUGACCGACAGAAGUGGCCAUGAGGCAGCUACCAAAGCUGUUCUCCAGGAGUUUGGUAAAAUUGACAUUCUCAUCAACAACGGAGGAAGAUCCCACUGUGCUUCAAUUGUGAAUACCAGCAUGGAUGUCUUCAAGGAGCUAAUGGAAAUUAACUACUUAGGGACGGUGUCCUUGACCAAGUGUGUGCUGCCUCACAUGAUCCAGAGGAAGCAAGGAAAGAUUGUGACUGUGAUUAGCCUUUUAGGCAUUAUAUCGGGGUGUUUCUCAAGUGGAUAUUGUGCAAGCAAACAUGCUCUUCGGGGAUUCGUUAAUAGCCUCGACAUUGAAAUUGGGGAAUACCCUGAUAUUAUAAUUUCUAAUAUCUACCCUGGACCUAUACACUCAAAUAUAUUGAAGAAUGCACUAACUGAGGAAGUCACAAAGACUUUUGGGCAAGAUAUAGCCAUUCAUCGGAUGGCAACGAGUCAUUGUGUGCAGCUGAUAUUAAUUGCCAUGGCCAAUAACUUGAAAGAAGUAUGGAUCUCAGAGAAAGUAUUUUUGUUACUGGCAUAUCUGUGGCAAUAUAUGCCAAGCGUGGCCCUCUCGAUGUCCAGGGUGCUAGACAAGCUACUGCGAAAAUGACCUCAAAAUGCUGCGGUCCUCUUUCUAUCCUGAUGAAAAGAAAGAAUUGAAAUCUCCUGGAUUUGCAAAGAAAUCUAUGAAGCAGAUAUUACAGACACUUAUUUUUAGCAUCUAAGAAAAAUAUUAUGAACUUAUAAAUGUCCUUCAUUAAGUGACUACAAAUUAAACCAGUCACUUUUUAAUUUAGAGCACCUUGUUCAUGAAACUAAAACUGGUUCACAUCUGUUAAAACACUCUGUAAAACUGAAGAUUGUAUAUUUCAAACUUUCCUGUUAUCUAUGAACAAAACAUCAAAAUCACACCAUAUUUUAAGUAAGUCUACUCAAAGGACAUUUCAAAGUAGAAAAAGUUAUACUAGUGGGUUUAGUUGAAGAAACAUCUCUGUUACUAAUAUUUAGAAAUUUUCCUUGAUUUAAUGCAUCAGAGGUUUAUACCACAGGAAUGUAGCAGGGUAGGACUCCAGAAAUAAAUAUAUAAAUUUCUUUUGUAAAAUGAAAAAGGAAAAUUAUGGGACGAGGUUAGGAACCGGAACAUUCUGAUAAAUGUUGAUGAAAUCAUUUUCCUACCAGUAUGCAUGAGAUCAAAACAUCAGUUGUGCUUCACGUUCCUUUCAAUCUAAGCUGUAUCAUUUUCCUAUUGGAAGGCAACAAAGGAUAUUUUGGUGGGGAUAUUUUUCAGUGAAAAAUUUUUUAAAAUGUAUAAAUUUAUGCAAAUGAUUGUUGACUAUCUGCCAUAUUCCCUAGAACCAUCCUUACAAUCUCCC